GCGCCGGAACUGCUCCGUGAUUGACGGCGUUGAGGGACGGAAACGUAAUGAAGUUAGGGUGAAGCGUAUCAUAGUGAGAACCAGCGCCCUGUGUAGCUUUGUAGUCUAUUGACGCCUUGUGUAGUGUGAGCCUGAUACAAACCAAUCAUGGUCAGAAAAGAUCCAAAUAAGCCUCGGGGCAAAAUGUCCUCGUAUGCCUAUUUUGUGCAGACUUGUCGUGAGGAGCACAAGAAGAAACAUCCGGAAGCCAGUGUCAACUUUUCAGAGUUUUCAAAGAAGUGUUCUGAAAGAUGGAGGACCAUGUCAAACAAAGAGAAGGCAAAGUUUGAAGACCUGGCCAAGAGUGACAGGGCCCGUUAUGAUCGGGAGAUGAAGAAUUAUGUUCCUCAAAAGGGGGACAAGAAAAAGAAGAAGGAUCCAAAUGCUCCCAAGAGACCACCGUCAGCAUUUUUCAUUUUCUGCUCUGACAAACGUCCAAAGAUCAAGAGUGAAUCUCCUGGAAUGUCCAUUGGUGAUGUUGCAAAGAAACUGGGAGAGAUGUGGUCCACAGUGCAACCCAAGGAUAAGCAAACAUACGAGCAAAAGGCAUCCAAAUUAAAGGAGAAGUAUGAAAAGGAAGUUGCAGCAUAUCGUGCCAAAUGCAAGAAUGAUGCUAGUAAGAAACCUGCUGCCAAACCAGCUCAGGCUGCGAAGAAGAAGAAGGAGGAGGAAGAGGAGGACGACGAUGAGGAGGAAGAAGAAGAGGAGGAGGAGGAAGAAGAGGAAGAAGAAGAUGAUGAGGAUGAUGAUUAAAUAGCAACAGAUGUAAAAAAAAUCUUUGUCUAAGCUUGAUCUAUUUUUCUUUGCAAGGACAGGAAAUGUGAACUCAUUUGUAAUUUGGAUCAAUGGCUUAGGUGUAAAGAAACUGUACAAAACUGUGUAUAGUUAGUGUUGUAUUUUUACACUGUGUAGCCAGGCCCUGUAUUGUUUUAAUUGUAAGUAGCUGAUUUUUUUAAGGCACUGCCUUUCAAGAAGAAAGGGACUCCAGAGUCAUGGAAUGUUAUUGCCUAUUUAAUGUUUUGUGUGAAAAUUUUCAAUGACAAAAGUAGAAAUUUUUCUUUGUCAUGCAGUUAAUACCAAUUUUUUGCCAAUUUUUCUUUGUAGAUCUUCCGUCACUACAUGUGAUUGCUAACUUCUCAUGGUUAGAUCAUGAUAAGAAUCAAUACUUUUUUAAUAAAACUGAAACAAUAACUUGUGGUUUCACAUUCAGAUUUUAAUGUCAAGAAUAAAUCAUCUGAAGUAUCAGGGAUAUAAUGGCAACUACAAAUGAGGCAUUCCUGACCGGAGAGUUUGAGAUCUGUGUGUACGUCUUUACUUUCAUGCUGGAACAAUGUGCUUGGUGUUUGGAGUUAAGUAUAUUCUUUCUAAUACAA